UUCCACACUCCUCAUAUCCCUUCGCCUUCCUCUCGUUUUCUCCCCAAUUCAUCCAAAAAAACCCUAGUUUUCGAAUCUCGAAUUUGGAGCAAUGUCUCUCACGGUCCCGACGAAUCUCGUGCUCAGGCCGAGAUCCAACUCUCUCUCUCAGUGCGUCCCCAAGUCAUCCGCCGCCGCGAGAUUCGUCUGCUCCGCCGCUUCCUCCGACGAAAAAUCAGCUUCUCCGGCGGCCCCGUUGAAGGCGUUCUCGGCGGCGGUUGCUCUGUCAUCCAUCCUCCUGUCGGCUCCGAUGCCGGCGGCGGCGGAUAUCUCCGGCCUGACGCCGUGCAAGGAGUCGAAGCAGUUCGCGAAGAGGGAGAAGCAACAGAUCAAGAAGCUCGAGUCCUCGCUCAAGCUCUACGCUCCCGACAGUGCUCCCGCCCUCGCCAUUAACGCUCAGAUCGAGAAGACCAAGCGAAGGUUCGACAACUACGGGAAAUACGGGCUGUUGUGUGGAUCGGACGGGCUGCCACACCUUAUAGUGAACGGGGACCAGCGCCAUUGGGGAGAAUUCAUCACACCAGGGCUCCUCUUCCUCUACAUAGCCGGAUGGAUCGGGUGGGUCGGGAGGAGUUACCUCAUCGCCAUUAGCGACGAGAAGAAGCCCGCGAUGAAGGAGAUCAUUAUCGAUGUCCCGUUAGCCACCCGCCUCCUCUUCCGUGGCUUCAUCUGGCCCGUCGCCGCCUACAGAGAGUUCCUCAACGGCGACCUCGUCGUCAAGGACGUCUAAGGUUCUUCCCCUUCUCCCUCGUUUGUAAACUCCCCGUAAUUCUCAAUACACUUCGGUUCGGUUUUUCAUCAUGUGUACGUAUAAUUAAUGUUGCUACUGUCUUACCCUUUCCGGCAAAGUACAUGAAAACGUUCUUCCUAUUGAAAAAAACAAAAAUCUCUGCGAGAUCAUGAAUUUUCUCCUC